AUGCAUGUGUGUGUAUGUGUGUGUGUCCUUGCUCACCCCUCCUCCUUUUAGCUACCCCACCCCCACCUCUCCUGCCCCCCCUCCCCUCUCGGCUGCCCGCCCCUGAGUCUGGAGCAGCAGCAGCAGUGGAGCUUCACUGCCUCUCCUCGCCUCACAGUGCGGGAAUAUACCAGCGGAGAGCGGAAUGGAUACGGAAGGGAGCCAGAGCAGCCUGUCCUCCGGCACGGACAACUCCCCCCACGACCCCUGCAAAAUGUUCAUCGGGGGUCUGAGUUGGCAGACAACACAAGAGGGCUUGAAGGAGUACUUCUGUAAAUUUGGCGAGGUGAAGGAGUGUAUGGUGAUGCGGGAUCCCGUUACCAAGCGGUCGAGGGGGUUUGGGUUUGUAACAUACGCCGAACAAGCCGGUGUGGAGAAGGUUUUGGCGCAAAACAGACACGAGUUGGAUUCCAAAACGAUCGACCCGAAGGUGGCGUUUCCCCGCCGGGCCCAGCCUAAGCUGGUGACCAGGACAAAGAAGGUCUUUGUCGGAGGACUGUCAGUCAAUACCACCAUCGAAGAUGUGAAGCAUUACUUCGACCAGUUUGGAAAGGUCGAUGAUGCCAUGCUUAUGUUUGACAAAACAACCAACAGACACAGAGGCUUUGGCUUUGUCACCUUUGAGAAUGAAGACGUGGUGGAGAAAGUGUGUGAGAUCCAUUUCCAUGACCUCAACAACAAAAUGGUGGAGUGUAAGAAAGCCCAGCCCAAGGAGGUGAUGACACCAACAGGGUCAGCCAGAGGCCGCUCCAGAGUGAUGCCCUAUGGGAUGGACGCCUUCAUGCUGGGCAUCGGCAUGCUGGGUUACCCAGGAUUCCAGACUGCUACAUACACCAGCCGUAGUUACUCUGGAAUUGCUCCUGGUUACACUUACCAAUUCCCAGAAUUCCAUUUAGAGAGGACCCCCCUCCUGACAUCAUCCCACCCCCAUGAGCUGGCAGCCAUUCCCCUGACUGCGUAUGGACCAAUGGCAGCAGCCGCAGCAGCAGCAGUAGUUAGAGGCUCCACCCCUUCACGCACAGCUGGUUUCCUGAGCACAAGCAGCCCUGGACCAAUGGCUGACCUGUAUGCUGCAGCCAACCAGGACUCAGGAGUCAGCAGCUACAUCAGUGCCGCUAGCCCCGCCCCCAGCACAGGAUUUGGCCACGGUUUAGGGAACGUGUCUCCACUCACUUGGUCGGUGUAUCCCCAGGGACCUCUGAUUGCUACUGCGUUCACUAAUGGCUACCACUGAGAAGACUCAGGUCACUGAAGAUGGGUGGGCCUCUCUUCUGCUGAUGAGCCAAUCAAAACGCUGGCUGCCCUCUAAUGGCACAACCCGAUUGGCCGGCCACAGGCUCUUCCUGGCUCUCCUGGCUCCCUGUGGCUUCACCCACCGACUGAAUAUCUUUUUAAAGUCCCGAACUCUGUUUUGCUGUAAUAAUCUCACUUCAACAUAACGUCCCCCGUCUCUCCUCUUUUGUCCUCAUGUAGUGUAAUAACUAGACCCCCACCCCUCUGUUAUCCAUUAUUUUCUUUUGAAGCUGAGGAAAGAGAUCUGCAAAAAAAAAAAAAAAAAUCUCAGAAGGUUUGUCAAAGUCACAGAGGACUAUGUUGAGUUUUUUUUUAUUAUUAUCUUAUUUCAAUGUGAUACUUGUUUCAUUAUGAAAUCCUUUUAAGCUGUUACUGAUGUGAACAGAGAGAGAGAAAGCCGUGCGAGAUGGGUCUUUGUCUGAAAACGAUUUUUAACAAAGGAAGAACAAAAUCCAACAAACUCCUCUUUUUAACUCAAGCAUCACGGAAACAUGAAAAAAAAAACUAAACUAAAAUGUAUAUUUUGGUAGUCUUUAAAAACAAAAACCUUUGUAAUAUUGUUAUUAAUAUUGACAUAAUAAUGAUAAUCUGUAAGGUAUUUUAUUCUGUAAUUAGUUUUAAAGCAAUGUUUUUAUGACUGUAAGAUAUUGUACAUAGACGUUGGGUUGGGGGGUGGGGGGUUGAAGGGGUUACUGAACUGGCUCGCAUGUCAUUGGUUGGUUUGGGAAGGGUUAAUGGCUAUUUGAUUGGCUGUCAUUUACUACUAUGUGUGGUCAUCUCACUAGUUUAAUCAGUAUGCAUAUGGUAUAUGUGUACACGUUGGCCAGUCGGCUCCAGCGAUGCUACAGAGCAGCACCGUCGACGAUAGCUGUUGAGAAAUAACACUUCCAGGAGUUUGUCUGGCACAUUCUUUCACUUAAGUUAAGUUUGGUCACACACUCACCCCUUUGUUUGCUUUGCUUUUUGAAAAAAAGCAACUUUGACUUUUAACUUUAAACACCAUGAUGAACCAGAUUUCUUGCAUCUUCAUGAAAACUACUUCAGAUUAAGAUGACGGACUACGGAAGUAUCACAACCUUAAACAGGAGAAAUCAGGCGUUCACGGGGUCGGGGGUUGACUUGACUUCCUCUUUUUUGAAAAUAUAUAUAUUUUUAGCGCAAUUCACUUCUUACGUUUUUUUUGUUUUUAUUGUUUACUUUUUUUAAAUAAUUCUUUUAUGUGGUGUUCUCCACCGGGAAAACAAAUGAAGGACAUUCUCAGAGAAGCAAUUGUAGAAAACAUCACAAUCAUGUUCUGUCUUCUUAUCGCUUUUGAACGUGCAUGUGAUUGCGUCUGAGCGUGUGUGAGUGACUGUUUGUGCGCAUACAUCAAGGUGUAAUAUGGAACUACUUUUGGCAACGAAGGAGCAUUUCGACGCCAUUUCUUUUGGUACUAAAAA